GCCGUGCCACGGCGAUACUCGUUGGCCCGUGCCUUGCGACCGCCACGCGGAUAUUUGUCGUAACAUGACUCGCCGCACCGGCUGAGGUGUCUCUUCACGUAAAGAAUACACAUUACGUAAGGAACCGUCGCCAACGACGCUCAUAUCCAAAAUAUUUCGAAUCGUUCACACAUAAUCAUUGUAAUAGUAGUUAACGUAAGUCGUCCAUCGACAGCGAUAAUUUUUCGCGCGGUUGAACGCGCGCUCGGGACGGUCAAAAUUUGGCGGUAAAGUUGCGCAGGUCGGGAGUGGUGCGUGAAGCACCCCGGGCUGUCGGGCGGUCAGGAGUACGGGCAAGCGGGCGUGCCGCAGUGUCGGCAAGCGGCGCGAUGCGACCGCGGACCCGCGCACCGCUCUGAACACAUUAUGAGGAGCGUUGAGACCCAGGAUCGGGCGUAGCGCGGGAGCGAGGCGAGAGGCGCAAGGCCGAGGUGCGGGCAUGGCUCGCGAGUAAGGUGGCGGCCGCGGCGCGCGCCACGAACCGGCCGGUAGGCGCCGCGGGUCAGCCGGCCUCUCCGUCACGUCCCCGCUUCAGCGCUCCAGCUCCGACCCAAUGACACAUUGUCGUUGAGCAGCCACCAUUGCACGCAUAGAGUUGGUCGAGAAAUGGGGGCUGACGCCUGUCCUCAGGCCGAGGCAGGAAUGCCCCCGGGCCCCAGAGGAAGGCGGAGACCAAAGGUACGUAUCGCCAGUAGAACGUAUCGUCAACAUCGGUGUAGUAGAGUAGUGCCACAGCCAGGCGUUUACGGAGGCGGCAGCUAGUCAAUAGUCGUAAAGUGGUUUGCGGUGAGGAUGUGUCUCGUUGACGUCACAAUACAUGUGCGGUGGUUGCGCCAGCCGGGCCAGCGAAAUGCGCCAGCCACACGCUGCGCGGGCUGCGUCGUCUGCACGCACGUUGCUGCGCGCCGCAAUGGAAUACUUGGAUAUGUGUUGGUCACUGCCGAAACUGUGCAACCAGGAAGAGGAGCCUGGACGUCCACCCCAGGGCGGGGUGGUGACGUUCGAACCCAUACAACACGACCACGACUUCUGCGAAAGAGUUGUUAUCAACGUAAGUGGCCUGAAGUUUGAGACCCAACUACGUACACUGAACCAAUUCCCGGAAACCCUGCUAGGGGACCCAACACGGAGAAUACGCUAUUUCGAUCCCUUGAGGAACGAAUACUUUUUUGACCGCAAUCGCCCCUCGUUCGACGCCAUCCUGUACUACUACCAAAGCGGCGGCCGCCUGCGGCGCCCUGUUAACGUCCCCUUAGAUGUCUUUUCCGAGGAGAUCAAAUUCUACGAACUCGGAGAACAAGCCACAAAUAAAUUCCGUGAGGAUGAGGGCUUCAUCAAGGAGGAGGAGAAACCCCUUCCCUCCAACGAGCGCCAGCGCAAAAUUUGGCUGCUCUUUGAGUACCCAGAGAGCUCUCAGGCUGCACGCGUCGUGGCUAUCAUCUCCGUAUUUGUCAUUCUCCUGUCCAUCGUGAUUUUCUGCCUGGAGACCCUCCCUGAGUUCAAACACUACAAAGUCUUCAACACCACCACCAACGGCACUAAGAUCGAAGAAGAUGAAGUCCCUGACAUCACUGACCCAUUCUUCUUGAUAGAAACCCUCUGUAUUAUAUGGUUUACGUUUGAGUUGAUAGUACGGUUUCUGGCAUGUCCCAACAAGUUUAAUUUUUUUAGAGAUGUCAUGAACAUUAUAGACAUCAUUGCCAUUAUUCCGUACUUCAUCACCUUAGCGACUGUCGUAGCAGAGGAGGAGGACACCCUAAACUUACCGCGCGCCCCCGUUUCUCCGCAAGACAAGUCGACUAACCAAGCGAUGAGUCUGGCCAUACUACGGGUGAUACGUCUGGUGCGGGUGUUCCGAAUCUUCAAACUAUCUCGACACUCCAAAGGAUUACAGAUUCUGGGUCGUACGUUAAAGGCGUCGAUGAGGGAACUUGGCUUAUUGAUUUUCUUCUUGUUUAUUGGUGUGGUGCUGUUUUCAUCCGCGGUGUACUUCGCUGAGGCGGGAAGUGAGAACAGCUUCUUCAAAUCCAUACCUGAUGCGUUUUGGUGGGCGGUCGUGACAAUGACAACUGUGGGAUACGGAGACAUGACGCCUGUUGGCGUCUGGGGAAAGAUCGUCGGUUCCCUGUGUGCCAUUGCCGGAGUGCUCACCAUCGCAUUACCUGUUCCUGUCAUCGUGUCAAACUUCAAUUACUUCUACCACCGUGAGACCGACCAGGAGGAGAUGCAAUCGCAGAACUUCAACCAUGUCACCAGCUGCCCGUACCUGCCUGGCACUAUGGGCGAGCCUUACCUCAGUGGAAAGGAAGACGACGAGGUUUGCAGUGAUCAAUGACUGUUCAACAGUGUUGUUAUUUAUAUUUAUAAUAUGAGGACCUAAGUAUUCGCAAGAGACGAUAUCCGUGAUAUUACCGCGUAAGCCACAAACGAGUGCAGUUUUUGAUUUUUUUGUGUAAAUAUUUUAGUUUGUAAGCGAU